GGCGGAGACAAGAUGGCGGCGGGGUCCCUAUGGCGGCGGCUCUGUCAGGUGGGGUGUGUGGCGGGAGAGGAGACUGGCGAGCCCCGUUCUCGUUCUCCUCCUUUCCUGCGGCAUCUUCACUUCUGAGGGGAGAGGGAUCAGUUUUUCCUGUCAAUUAUGCAAGCAGAAUUAUGCAAAAGCAGUGUUUUCCUCCAUGCUCUGACUUGAUGGGAGCGCGGCUGGCUGGGUCCCAUGUUGAUGCACAGGAGCCCAGGACUAAUCCCUUGGUAUCUGUUUCAGAUGAGCCAGAAACACUGUACAAGAGAUUGUCCCUGUUAGUUAAAGGCCAUGAUAAAGCUGUGUUGGACAGCUAUGAAUAUUUUGCAGUGCUUGCAGCUAAAGAACUUGGCAUCUCUGUUGAAAAAGUACAUAAACCUCCACAGAAGAUAGAACGAUUGACACUCUUAAAAUCUGUACACAUUUACAAGAAGCACAGAGUUCAGUAUGAAAUGAGAACACAUUACAUGUGUUUGGAGUUAAAAUACCUAACAAGCAGUACUGCUGCAGUUUACUUGGAGUAUGUUCAACGAAACCUACCUGAAGGGGUUGCUAUGGAAGUAAAAAAGACUAAGAUAGAGAAAAUACCGGAACACAUUCAGCAACCAGUUUGGGAUACACUACCUCAAGUCGAAGGAACUGAAGUCAAGUCAUGAACUCACCAGGUUAGCAGGAAGGACACAGCUGCAGGAAUCUGCUUUGUUAUUAAGGGAGUGGCUUUGAUUUGACUGCUAUUAAUAGAAUUUACAGCAGGAAUAACCACCUGGGUCACAGGACAAGACAGCUACAGAGGCUGGAUCAUACUUAUCAAGACACUCAAAACUUUAUACAGUCACAAAAGAAAAGAAGCCCAGUGUUAUUAUCAGACAGAAAUGGACAAUCUUAAUGGGAAACAGCUGAAAGACAAGAAAUCAACCUUGUGCUUCAAGAUUGUCUACAUUUUGUAGCUAUAGAGAGGCCCAAUCCUGUUUUAGGAGGGAUAUUUCAAGACAGUCAAUAUAGCCGGUAGAGAGGAAGCUGCCUGUGCACUUUCUACAAUAUGCCUCAAGAGAAAAAAAAAAAGUUAAUCACUGCCUAGUUCUCUCUUUAAGGUGUUUGCUUUCCUCAAUUUCAAGCUCUUCUUCCUUUCUCUCAUUCCUAGUGUUCAGUCAUAAUAGCAUUUCUUAAAGCCAUGUCAGACACUAUAUAAUGUGAAGGAAGAAAUUGUGAGCUGACCUGGUUAAAUAAAGCUGGUGCUUCAGAGGAACA